AUGACAUCCAAACGGGACAUAUUUGUUAAAACAAUAGCUACACGUCGUAGUGUCUAUUCUCAAGAUCGUCUUGAACAAAUUUUAAGUGAAUCAAUUCAAGCGAAAGAAAAAGAACCAGGAGAUCGUACAGCAAAAGAUUAUCGUCGUAUUAAACGAUUUGAUAUUGUUGACGUACAAGGAAAACAACGCCUUGUUGCUGCACGUACAGAUAAUGAAGAGAAAGAUAUACGAUUUUUUGUAUCCAUUGAAGAAAUGUAUGAUAUUAUUGACUAUACACAUAAGAAAAUGAAUCACGGCGGUCGUGAUCGUUUAUGGCCAAUACUGUCAAAACAAUACGCAAAUAUUCCACGUGAAGUUAUUCAAACAUAUUUGAAAAUGUGCGAUUACUGUUGUAAACGACGUAAACGUAUUAAUACAGACAGUACAAAUGACAAUGCAAAUCUUAGUGUACAUAAUGAUACAAAUGAAUUAAUGGAUACAAGUUUAACAAAUAUUAUUCAUGAUAUUCAACCAUUACAACCAACAAAUAUUAUUAAACAUGAACAACAUCUUCAACAACAGCAGCAACAACAACAACAUAUUGUUACACAAUCAGCACCUAUUGUUAUACAUAAUAAUAUAAAUACUAGUCUUCAUCAACAACUUCCAGUUGAGAAUAUUUUUGAUGCAGGAAAUUCUCAUGUCAUGAAUCGUUUAUGUGAAUAUGAUUUAAUUGAUUUACAAAAUGCACAUGAUGGUGAUUACGGCUAUGUUCUUGUCUAUCAAGAUUAUUUAACAAAAUUUACUCAAUUACGUCCAUUAAAAACAAAGUCACCUAUUGAAUUAGGUACAACAUUAAUGGAUAUUUUCUGUAUAUUUGGUCCCCCACUUGUCUUACAAUCCAGUGCAGAUCUUCAUAUUGAGAAUUCAGCAAUACAACAAACACUUGAGGCUGUAUGGCCUGGUAUUCGACUUUAUCAAGAUGAUUCUUCACAAUGGCGUGAAACAGCUAAACUACGUAAUGAACAAAUACGUUCAAUGAUAGCAGCAUGGAUGUUUGUCAAUAAUAAUCCACGUUGGUCAUAUGGAUUAAAAUUUGUUCAAUUAACGUUGAAUUCAAAUAUUAAUAAUGAAUUAAAACGUUCACCAUACGAAGCAUUGUUUAAAAUGUUACCAGUUUUAAGACCAGCAACAGUUACAUUAUCAUCUACAACAACAGAUAUGUCAUUACAACCACAACAGCAACAGCAUAUUCAACAGCAGCAUCAUCAUCAUUCCCAAUUACUUCAGCCAACAGCAGCUGUUGUACCACCUUCAUCACAUUCUCCAUCAGGCAGUGCUAAUGAAGGUGAUUUUGUUACACCAAAUGUUAAUAUUUUGCCAUCAACAAUCUCGACAUCAGAUCGGAUUAAAGCAGAAAUGUAA